AUGCCGUUUCUGCCUGCAGCAGCAGUUCCUCCUUUGCUGCAGACUGCAGUGUCUGUACGACCUCUCAUUUUCCCGCGUCUACUGCGUAGCAAGGAGCUGCAGAUUUUCGCCUCUGCCGCUUCUGCCUCCUUAUGCCAUACUGCUCUGCUGGGGGGGCAGCGGCUCAGUGGCUGCCCUAGCCGCUGUGCAGUGAACAGCCGAGGGUUUGGGAGCUGCACAGACACCCCAACUGACAGCGCCACCGCAAGCGCAGCAGCAGAGACAAAAUCAAAUUCUAAGAAGACCAUUCCUCCUAGUCUGGCGGAGAGGCUGCUGAAUAUUAGGCGACAAGGAACGCAGGGGAUCUCGCAGACAGAGGCGCAGCAGCCUGCAGCCUCACCAGGUGUAUCUACAGCUUCGAGUGUAUCCGCAGCACCGGGUUUACCUCCAGCAGCUCCUCACCAAAGUGCAGCCUCAGGUGUAUCUACAGCUUCUCCUGCGACAGCGGAGUAUUCUCCGCAUUCGCCACCACCUCCCCAGCAGCAGCAGCAACAGCAGCAGCAGCAACAGCAGCAGCAGCAACAGCAGCAGCAGCAACAGCAGCAGUCUUGCAAAGAAGAAAAGGAAGAGAAAUGGUUGGGGGAAAAUGGUGGGGGGGAGUUUGGUUUUAAGUACAAGGGGCCGGAGCCAACGCAGUUUGGCGAUUGGGCGCACAAAGGCCGAGUGACAGACUUUUGA